CCAAACCAUUUCAUUUUCAUUUUCAUUUUCAUUUUCCCUCACAACAACAAUCUUCAAAUGGAACCAACAACGUGCCUCAAUCUUAACCUCGAUCCUUCGAAGCACAUGGACGAUGUUUUGUUACAAGAGUUGCGUCGUCUAAGUUGCGAGAACAAGAGGUUGACCCACAUCUUGACCCAAUUGUGCGACAAUUACAUGGCUCUGCAAAACCAAUUGAACCAAUUGAUCAACAACACAGAUUUUGAGCAAGACCCAAUUGAGUCUCGCAAGAGAAAAUUAGCUCAUGAAUCUUGCACCAUCAAAUUCAAUGCUGAGUGCAGCUCCAUCACCCACAAAGAUUUCAACUCCUCCCCUAAGGUUUCCAAAGUUCUUGUCAAGACCGAAGCAUCUAAUAAUAGCUUAUAUGUCAUGGAUGGAUAUCAAUGGAGGAAAUAUGGUCAGAAGGUCACUAGAGAUAACCCCUCUCCUAGAGCUUACUUCAGGUGCUCCUUUGCCCCAACCUGCCCCGUAAAAAAGAAGGUGCAAAGGAGUAUAGAGGACCCUACAAUACUUGUAACUACUUAUGAAGGAGAGCACAACCAUGGUCGACAGCAAGCAGAAAUAUCACUUGUAUCAAAGCAAAGUGAAAAUGAAACCCCUAAAGCUAAAGGGUCAAGUCCUGUUUCCUCACCUACUACUACUCCCACCGUAACGCUUGAUUUGGUCAACUCAGGAUUGGUUGAAAAUGGUCAAAAGUCCUCUAUCCAGCAGUUUUUGGUUCAACAAAUGGCCACUUCUUUGACAAGGGAUCCCAAUUUCACAACAGCUCUUGCCACUGCCAUUUCAGGAAAAAUUCUAGAGGCCAAAUGGUGAAUUAAAUUUAAAGAACAAUUAAUCUUCUUUAUUUUAAUUCUAAGAGAGACUAUUUACUUAAAGUAAGUUCAAGUUCAAGCACAACUGCACUGAAGAGGGAUGGUAUUACUCUGUCUGCUGCUUUUGAGAGGAUGCAGAGGCAAAUAGUUGGAAUGUAUAUAGAAAAUUCACUUGAAAAAAGAAUUAAAAGUUGCAAUUUCUGUGCCUCUUGGUAAUAUACAUGUUCUGGAUUUCCUUUUGUGAAAUAAAUUUGUAUAAACUUCUUUUUUU